AUGGCAUGCGUGUCUCACCUGCUGCUGCGCCUGCCAAUCCGGAGGCUGCAGAGGGUGCUGCAGCUGGUGGCCAGGCUGGGCGCGGCGGUGCUGGAGCGGACAGCUGUGGGCGGCAUGGCUGACGGGCAGGCGCCUGCUGACGGUGACCUCCGGGGCACACGGCCCUUUCAGCACCGGGUAUUCCUGGGCCAGGUGCUUGCAGACACACCCGCCAGGGCAAAGGUGGCAUGCGGCAACGGCCAGAACAGUCGUGUCGGCAGCUGCAUGUGGUGCCUAUUCGAGGCACACACGGAUGCCAAUGUCGGGCGUGAGGCCACCGUGCGCUUCCGUGGCUACACCCAAGCAGUCAGCCAGCACUACAUAAAGCGGAAUGCAGGCAAGAGCCUGAAGGUCGGCGCCCGGGCUCUCAAGAAGACCCAUCGGCAUUUCGUCAGCGCGGGCGGUGUCAUGCAGGCGAUGUACAGGAUGCUCCACCUUGGGGCUCCACACAAGAUCACGCAGAAGCAGUUCGACGAGGCGGCGCUUCAGACUGGGUGCAAGGGCCUGACUGCCUUCGCAGCCCUGCCGUACGUCGACCUGUCGUGCCUCUUCACCGUCUCCACCGGCCAUGCCCUGCUGUUCGGAGUGGUCAGCAACUUUGUGGACUAUGCGCUGAGGUCGCUCAAUGACAUCAAGCCAGCAGACCCAGAUGCCAAGCUGGUCAUGUCUCGUGAAGCACGCCAGCGGGUCGCAGCCCGCGGCCAGUUCCUGGUCAUGACUUCGGACUUCGGGCGGCGGUACAAAUGCGUCAUGCAGUACCGCAAGAGCUACCGCAUGGAGGACUGGCUGCACUUCGUCGAGACGUUCUCCAGCUACAUCUCCAAGGGGGACGUGCUGCCCGAGGCCUUGCGGGCCCUGUGGUGGAGCCUGUGCAGCGCGGUCAUGCACUACUUCCGGCCGCGGCCCCCUGGUGAGACCCGUGAGCAGUUCCUGGUGGCAGCCAAGGCGGCUGCAUGCAAGCUCAGAGCUUACACGACCAGGCUGGAGGAGUUGGAGGUGCCGGGCUACAUGUUCACGGUCAACCUGCACAUCUGCAUAUGCCGGCUGUACGACCAGGAGUGCCAGCUUGGGUCCGCGGCAGGGUUCUCCGACCUGCCGGUGGAACGCAUGAUGCAGCAAAUGAAGACGCAAGGCGGAAGGAUGGUGUCGCAGGCACCCGAGAAGCACUACACGCAGUGGCUGUGCCUGAUGCUGGCCUCCGAGUCGCUCACCGAGGCAGACCCCGCGACCGGGGCCAAACACACGACCAACCAGCAGCUUGAGAGGAUGUUGGCACGGCGUGUGGUGAACACCGAGGCUGCCUGCUUUGACAAACCAGGAGCCAACCUGCUUGGACGAGGCCACGCGGUCUACCCGAGUCCAGAACGAGCGGCACAAGUCCGGGCAGCCGUGGCGAGCCUAGUGCACUGGUACGGCCUGGCAUUCGAGGACGCACUCGAUGAGGAGCAGUACUUCGGGGCUGAGUACGGGCGCCAGCAGCAGCAGACCUCCUGCUGGGCAUGCUACCAGGCAGAAGUCGGCAACGAGACUUGGAUGUAUGCGGCCUACCUCAAGUACUUCGUCCACCUGCCCGCGGAAGACGGUGCUCAGGAUGUCCGCUUCACUGUCGCAGAUGUGUACUCGGGACAGGUAUUCAGCGGGGGGCUGGUGGUGGUCAACAUGGCGGCCGCCCAGACAGCGAGGGCAGGCAGCCAGUGGGAGAUGUGGCAGGACCUAGGGCUGCCGCUAAGCGAGCUGAAGGGCAAGUUCUGCACAGCCGCCCCGGAGGGGGACCGAAAGGGGCUGAUGUACUUCAUGCCGUACACACACUUCACCAACCGCUGA